AUGAGUUGCUUAGUUCCAGAUCUUUUUAUACUAAACAAUAUAAUUGAAGAAAAUAUUAUCUUUAUUAUAUUUCAAAUCUUUCAAAUGUGGUUAUGUUUUAAUGCGAUCUAUACUCAAAAUACAGUUCAGAUUGUUACCACUGCUGCAGUUACUUUCUUUUGUGCUCUUUUUGCCAUUGUUCAGAUACUCGAAGUCCGAAAAUGGUACGGAAAUAUCGGCAAGUUAUGUCAAGCUCCAUUGAAAUUUGAAUCUUACCCAAAAUUUUUAUCGUAUGACAUACCAUUAAUGAUAGCAUUAAUAAUAUUUGGCUUUAUUAUGGCUUUCCUGGGUUGGAAAUUAUAUCGGCAACUUGCAGUGACAGGCUUAACUUUUCUAAUUCAAAUAAUCGGAUAUCGUUCGGGGAUAGAGGCCCAAUUGGGCGCCUUGGUCGUAUACAAGGUUUUAGUUCUCACAUACAAUACUCAAGAUAUGAAAGGCUUUCCGCGAGCAGACGCCGCGGACUUUAGAGAUAUUUGCCCCGUUUAUGAGAAUAAGAAUGACUUCUCUAACCUCUCUCUCAUUACUCCAAUACCUUCACGAGCUCCUGUUACACCUCCUGAACCCUUAAAGGAUACGAUAUCUUCUCUUCCGGUGAUACUACCUAUUGAAAAGAAAAAAAGGACUAAACGCCCACGUUUAUUAAGGCCUUCUCGUACUAUAGAAAAAUCUUCUUCGCCUGGGAAAAAUAAUCCUUUGAAGAUCUCUUUUUCCAAAUUUCACGUGACUUCUCCACGACGAUCUGGAUAUAACAGGAUUUAUGAAAUCCGACGUUCAAGAAGUUUCUUUUUUGAGUUAGAUGAUCAUCCUCAGAACACCAAUGAUAUUCAUCUCAAGAUACACACAAAUGAUUACCACAUGAACACUAAACUGAUUAGUUAUAAUAACACAAGUACAAUUCCGAACGCUAAAUACCAAAUGAGUUGUAUGCUCACACACUUUUUUUCCUCACAAAGAGUGUUACCACGCGCUAUUCAACAAAAAUAUUUUAACUAUAUACGAGAUAAAUUAUUGGCUCGACACUUGAUGGUCUAUUCACGUGAUCAUAGUACUAUCGAAAGAAAUCGCAUUACGAAGACCUUUUUCUAUUUUACUUAUAAACGAUAUCGUUUUCAUUUUGGGAUCUACACCCCUUGUCAACAUUGCUCUACUCCCUCAUUUUCUUCAACCCCGUAUAUAUGUAAUGUACCUGUUCCUUUUGUUAUGUCAAAACAUAGACGAGCGUGUGUUACGCAUCAACGACAAUUCUUCAGUGAAAAAUUAUUUCACAAACCGAAAGAUUCUGUAUCUAAUUCGGAUGGCAUAGUUAAUAGUAAAGCUCUUCAUGCUAAUUUGAUUUACGACCGAUGGAAAAAUCGCUCCAAAAAAUCAGUAUUUUCAAACAGACUAGGUAUAUCAUAUCAAGAAGCGAUACACGCUAGAGAUGUUCAAUCUGUCUUAGAAUAUGGUAAUAAACAUAUGUAUAGAAAACGUCUUACUGACUUUCAGCUCAAGCAAUCAAACUGUCUCAAAGUUAAGAAAAAGCAAGAAACCCGAUUUCUCCGAGCAUGUAGAUGGGUUUUUAAAACAAAAGAGCAAAACAUUCCCGACCCUAAUAGGCAUAGGUUACGUACGGCGCAACGAUAUCAUUUUUUGUUUCUAAAAUCUCAAUAUAUCAACAAACCGGUGAAACAUUUGAUAUAUGAUCACGGUUUAGUUUCAGAGGACUAUGGUUUUUCUACGCCUCAUUACUACAAGACAACAAAUCACGCUGAUUCACGCACUGGCCGACCCAUUAUUAGAGGAUAUAACCAUUUAAUUCCAGAGAUAUCUCCUUUUAAUGCCCAACCUUGGGUUCGAGAAUAUGAUCCCUACCCAGAUAUGUUUAUACCCUAUAAAUACAGGGACAUCAUCCCUAAAGAUCCUCUUUAUACAGAUACAGGUGAUUACAUAAGGCCUGGUUCUCAUUUAUGGUUCACAUAUAUGUGUAACCUUCAUCGCAGGAUCUCUUCAGCUACAACUAGCCAAGAACGUAAAUAUUUGCUUCAAUCGGAACAAGAACGUGAGAGAGAAACGAGAGAAUUACUCGAAAAAGAACAAGCGAUUAAAGCUGAAGCCCGAUAUUAUGGCACCAGUGUCCACACAUUAUCACGUAGAAGACAUGCUAGUAAAAUGCUGACAGGCAAAACCAGACACUUUCAUGAGCGAAUGAAUCAUCUCACUACCACACCUCUGAAAGGUAAUGACGUCAUCAGAUAUGCCGAACUCAAUGCGGAAAUGGAAUCUUUCGAACUAUAUUAUAAUAGUGGGGUUAAUUUUAAUGAAAGAUCAAAGAAAGCUAAUGGCAAGAUUCGCAAAGAAAAAGAAAAGAAGAAAGAAAUAACGUCAGAUGACACCAAAGAGUUGGAACAUCGUCCUAAAAAACGCAAUACAGCGUUAGUUGCUAAUAAUUUUUUUCAUAUAGAUGAAGAUCGUUACAAACGGAAUCGUCCGUCCAAAGUACCAGUCGAUACUACUGCCGUUGCAGGUCCUUCACGGAUUAAGUUUUAG